AUGGCAGCUGUCAAGGGUGUCCUUACACCUGGUCUACUUUCACCUGGUCUACUCGAGGCCUACAUGACCAGAUACGAGUUGAGUAAAGACCAAGUGCUGGAGCAAAAGGAAGCUUUCGACCUGCUGGACAUCGAUGGCAAUGGCAAGGUCACCUACCAGGAGGUAAAGGAGAUGAAUGCCAAGCUUGGACAGCCGAUGUCUGAACAGGAGCUUUCUGAGCAGUUCACAACGCUUGACGUCGAUGGCAGCCACGCCGUCACCUUCCCAGAGUUUCUCAAGGUCUAUGUGAAAGGGGAGUUCGGAAGGGAUGUUCCACUGCCUAGAGACGAGGAGACUCUUCAGGUAAACGACCUGGCGCCAGGCCGAACUGGUUCCCUCAGCCAUACGCUGGAUCCCAUUGAUGAGUCCAAGAUGGUAAUGAAGCUGUCUCAGAAAAACAGCGCCGCCUACUAUGUGCGCGUGGCGAAGCUGAUGCUGGCUGGAUCGCAGGAGCAACCCGCAUCAGACGUGCUCGAACUGAACGCUCUUGGGUAUGCAAUUCCGCAAGCGACAGCUGUGGCGGUCGCCCUUGAGCAGCAGCGGCUUGGCAAGGUCCUUUCCAUUCGAACAGGACUGCAAGAGGUGUGGACCCCGGCAUCUCUGCACUCCGCACGUGCAAGCCGCGAGCCUCCAAGUCGACAAGCUACAAGAUGCUAUUUACAAACUUGCCACUUGAGCUUAGCACAACCGGGAAAUCGGAAUGUGAAGACUGCGGUUGCAUGGUUUUGGUUGUUCAUGAAGCUGGCUACUGCUCUCUUCAUCACUUGA